UCACCCGGAAGUUAGGGCCGCUGAGCUGUUGGCACCCGGGCUAGGGCCCGGUGGGCUCAUCCUUCACUAGUUCCUGAGAUGAUCCUGACGAAAGCAAAGCAGAUGAGAAACCGAUUCUGAAGCAAUGUGAUGUCCAUCUGCCCAGAAGUCUGGGGAUUUAAAAAGAUCAAGGAGAAUUGGUUCAAACCGACGUAAGUGCUAUGGCUCACCUUUCUGAUGAAACGGCCGGGUCCUUUACUGAUGAGGUAGAGAGUUCUGGUUCUCUCAGCCCCUCUGGAGGACAGCAGUCCUGGCCCAGCCCCUCUGGGACAGAAUCGGAUGAUGGAAAACUGGCUGCAAGCUUGCAAGAAGAAACCAAGCAAUCCGAGCUUUCUGACUUCAAAAAUAACGAAAAGAAGUUGACUCAAAAAUGGAUCAACUGUCUCAAGGACAAAAAAACUAACUAUGAACAAAACCAACCGGAGACUGAACUUCAAACAGAAAUCAAUGGGCUGUCCGAUGAAGAACUGAAUGCCCUGCAGUCUUUUUGCACCACUAAGAUAAACUUGAUCCAUCAAAGAGUGGACUCUAAAAAGAAGAGCAACAGACACAAAAAGCUGCAGUUUAGAUGCGAUCCAGAGCCUUCAGAAAUCAAUGCCUUAACAUGUACUGUUCCUGAUGAACUUUUAAACAGAAUCUAUUUUGAAAACGUGAGGACAACACUAAAACAGGUGGCAUCAGCAAAGCAACACAUUACUUCACAGUGUCCCAACUGUAUUAGGAAAAAAGCAGAGCUGGCUCAGUCUGCCUUCCUAAAGCAAAAGAAGACUUUACUGGAGUCAGUUCUCCUCCAAGAGAAAGUAGAUGAACAUCUUCAUACCACAGACUUUCUCACCCAUGUUGGAGAAGCACAUCAGGGUCUUCCCAGGCUUUCAGAUGACCCUAAAAUAAUCUGGAAAAGACUGAAAGAGAAAACUCAGACUGGAUACUCCUGUUUUGAAAGGUCAGAUACCAAGCAGAAGAUGUAGCAAGAUGGAAAUAGGACUUCAUUCACCUUUUUUCCUCUACCACUUCUCAAGUCUCUUACCCAACCAAACAGAAGAUGGUGAUUACUAAUGAUGACAUGCGAUGUGGAUGUGUGUAGAUAUUUCUGUUUUUUUUUUUUUUUUUUUUUUAAGUAACUGGCAUUUCUUGGAAACUAAUAAGGAUUUUUUUUUAUGCUAUCUUUCUAGAUUUGAGGACUAAGAACUUCCCAUCCAAUAUGUUUUUCAGAUUACACAGGGCAACGUUGUAGUUGGAAUAAUUACAAAAACUUUUUACAACAAUAUAGGAGCGAUAUUGGUACUUGGGAUUAGGUUGUUGAUAAUACAGAGAGAAAGAAGUAA